AGGAUGGAUGAAAGUAGUGCUAGUGGAGGUGGAAGGGGAAAAAACAAACGAUUUUGGACUGCCCAAGAAGAUAAGGCUCUUGUGGAAGCCUUGUCAGAGUUAGCUGUUGAUCCUCACUGGAGGUGUGAAAAUGGAUUUAGAAGCGGCUACAUGGUUCGCUUAGAGGAGCUCAUAGGUAAGGCUCUUCCUGGUUGUGGUUUGAAGGCUCUGCCACACAUUGAUUCUCGACUUAAGACACUUGUAGCCAAGUUUAGGGCUAUUUCUCAAAUGUUAAAUACAAGUGGAUUCGUCUGGGAUGAUGAAAAAAAAAUGAUUUCUGUAGAUCGGGCUGUUUAUGACGAGUAUUGCAAGAAUCAUCCGAAUUGCAAAAACCUGUUUGGAGUUUCAUUUCCGCACUUUCAUGAACUAAUGAAUGUUUACGGCAAGGAUUACGCUACCGGAAAACCAGCUGAAGAUUAUGUUGAAGCAAUACAGAAUUUGCAAAACGUUGCCCCUCCACAAGUUACACUUGAUUCAAGUGAUGAUGAGGGAAUUGAUGCUAGUGGUAAUGCCACUCAAACUGUUACUUCUCCUCCUGCUAAAAAAAUGAAAACUGAAAAAACUUCUAAUAAAAGAAGUAAGAGAGGAAAUGCUGGUGAAGGUAGUUCUAAUGAGUUGGCUAGCUUACAAGCAUUCAUGAAAGACAUGAAUGUUCAUCUUUCAACUAUGGCAAAUGUGAUGGCCCGCACUGAUGAUCGUGAGCAAAAAGUAGUUGAACAGACUGAGAAAGUGUUAGAGGAACUACUAUCUUUUAAUUUAGAAGGUGUAACUCCUAACCAAGUUUUUGAAGUGGCUAACAUUCUAACCUCACAACCAAACAAGCUCCUCAUAUUUUCAAAGUGUCCCGACGCUUUGAAAAGUGAUUAUGUUAAGAGUCUUCUUGGAGGAAAUAGUAAUGCUUAGAUCUAAUGUUGUGGUUCCAUGAAUGAUUUUGAAAAGGACUAGAACACUUUUCGUAUGUAUUUUGAUCUACAAACAAGUCAUUAUAUGUAAUUAAUCGAGCUACGUUGUUAUUAUUUAGAGUUAUGUUUUUUCAAAAAAUAAUUUUUUCAAGUUUAUCAUAUAACAACUACUUAUUUUUGGAGAAAAUAUAAAAGAAUUUAAAAAAUCAAAUUUUGAUUCCUUAGCUUGAACCAAACAGUCACAAAGGGAAUCAUUCAGCAGUUCAUUCCGUUUCCUGAACACAACCAAACAACUAGGCUAAAUUAGGGGAAUCCAUUUCUUUCUCCUUCAUUCCCUUUCCUGAUUCCAUUCCGAUUCCCUUGUGCGAACCAAACGGCCCCUAAGUCCCUUUACUUUAUUAGCAUCCAAAUCUCUCUAUAAGAUGACAUAUUUGGAAAGAAAAUAAAAUUCCUUUCUUAUCCUCCCUUUCCUUUCUAUACAAAUAAUGGAGUGUUUUUCUUCUCUUCCCCUCCCCUAUCUUUCCUUCCCCUUCACUCUCUUUCUUUUUUCUUCUAAUUUACUAUCAAAUAUAGUGUCAAAGUGAGAGUUCUCAAUCUCUAGUGCAAAUGGAAAUGGACAAAGGGCGUAUUAAGAAUGUUGCAUAAACUGCAUGAACCAACACUUCCAAGAGGACACAAUUAGGCCUGUCCAAUGGGCCGGAUAAGGGCCAGGUCGGGUUCUAUCAGAAACGGGCUGGACCUUGCAAAAUGGGAACCGGGCUUUAAACGGGUCAAGUCCAUCAAGCCCGAACCGACCCGUUUAACUUACUUAUGCAAAAAAACAGAAAAAUAAAAACCCAAAAUUAACUGGAGUAAACUGAAUUAUCAUAUUAACAGGAAAAGAUAUUUCAUCUUACUAUGCAUCCCAAUACGACAUUACAAGCAGCAAUU